AACUCAGGAAGGGUUUAUAGAUUAGGUUUUUAAGUCGCACCUCUCUCUCUCACUGCCGCAUCUUUUCUUAGGGUUCUUGUUUCGCUAUCUCUUAAACACAAACAGCUCUGUCCGAAUAAUCUCUCUUCAAGUACCUCUUUUUUCUGAUUCUGUAUAUCGCCAUGAAUUACUGAUUUCCCUCUCUAUAAACCCAUCAAAGUAAACCAAUUUCUCCUGUGACUUGUACCUAACUCGAUCUUACCAGACUGGUGAUGGCGUCUUUGAACCCUUUCGAUCUUCUAGGAGAUGAUGCUGAGGAUCCAAGCCAGCUCGCUGUGGCUUUGUCUCAGAAAGUCGAGAAAGCUGCUGCUGCUGUUCAGCCUCCUAAGGCCGCUAAGUUCCCAACCAAGCCGGCUCCUCCUUCUCAAGCAGUGAGGGAGUCGAGGAAUGCUCCUCAAGGAGGUCGUGGUGGGACUGGUGGACGUGGUGGAUUUUCCCGUGGCAGGGGUAAUGGUGGAUACAACCGGGACAACAGGAACAAUGAUGCUCCUGGAAAUGAGAAUGGAUUUUCUGGAGGAUACAGGAGACCUUCUGAAGAUGCUGAUGGAGCAAGCCGUGGUGGGUCUGUUGGUGGAUACCGUGUUGGCGGUGGUCGUGAAGGACCUCGCCGUGGUGGAGUUGCCAACGGGGAAUCUGGUGAUGUUGAACGCCCACCGAGGAAUUAUGACCGCCAUAGCAGGACAGGUCAUGGUACUGGCAUGAAACGUAAUGGUGGAGGUCGUGGAAACUGGGGCACUACUGAAGAUGAUAUCCCUCCAACGUCUGAGGAACCUACCACAGAGGUUGAGAAGAGCCCUGUUGCUGAGAAGCAAGGAGGUGAGGAUGAAACCCCUGAAGCAAAGAAAGAACUCACUGCGGAAGAGAAAGCACAGAAAGAAGCUGAAGAAGCUGAAGCCAGGGAGAUGACUCUAGAAGAGUAUGAGAAAAUUCUGGAGGAGAAGAAGAAGGCUCUGCAAGCCACAAAGGUUGAGGAAAGGAAAGUUGACACCAAAGUGUUUGAGUCCAUGCAACAGCUCUCUAACAAGAAGAACACCGAUGAAGAAAUCUUCAUCAAGCUGGGAUCUGACAAGGAAAAACGCAAAGAUGCUACUGAGAAGGCCAAAAAGUCGUUGAGCAUUAAUGAGUUCUUGAAGCCGGCUGAUGGAAAGAGGUACAACGGGAGAGGUGGAGGCUCCCGCGGAAGAGGAGGUCGCGGUGGUCGUGGUGAAGGAGGAAACCAAAGGUAUGCAAAAGAAGCUGCAGCUCCGGCGAUUGGAGACACAGCUCAGUUCCCUUCGUUGGGCUAGUAAAGACCCCUGGUCCUUCAGCCUCGCUAUCUCUGUCUUUCGUUUCUCUUUGGUUGAAUUUUGUUAGUUUUAUAAUUUUUUGUUACACUUUCUGAAGGUCUUUUCUGCGAAACUAUUACGUUUUUUAAGUUAUGAAAAAAAUUAUUAAGAUAUUUUUCUCUCUAAUUUUGGUAUUACACAUUCGAUCUUUCUUUUCGUACAUCAUAAAUGAAGUAUAUUUCUAAUAGCACGAUAUCUAGUAUCUUUCAUACUUGAGCGAUGAUUUAGAAUCGUCGAAGGCA